UAUAUCUGGAACAUUCCACAAAAGUCGAGAUUCUACUACACCUCUUAUAACAUGUCAAAUUUCCAGAACCAGAAAGAUUUUAACAUAUUAGAUUCUUCAAUCAUCAACUUCAGUGAAGUGAACAUAAAAAUAUAUCACAAAAACGACAAUUUAAACCGCAAAACUUAAGAGAAAGAGAGAAGAAAUGGGUGUAGACUACUACAAAAUCUUGCAGGUUGAUAAGAAUGCCAACGACGAUGAACUCAAGAAAGCUUAUAGGAAACUUGCCAUGAAAUGGCACCCUGAUAAAAAUCCAACCAACAAAAAAGAUGCUGAAGCUAAGUUCAAGCAAAUUUCUGAAGCUUAUGAGGUACUUGCUGAUCCUGAAAAGAAAGCAAUCUAUGAUCAAUAUGGGGAAGAAGGUUUAAAGGGUCAAGUUCCUCCUCCUGAUGCUGGUAGUGGAGGUGGAACUAGUUUCUAUUCCACAGGAGAUAUGCCUGGGUCGUUUCGGUUCAAUCCGAGGAAUGCAGAUGACAUUUUUGCAGAGUUUUUUGGAUUCUCAAGUCCAUUUGGUGGCAUGGGUGGAAGAGGUGGUGGUGGUGGUAUGAGAUCAAGGUUCUCUGGGGGGAUGUUUGGUGAUGAUAUGUUUGGAUCUUUUGGAGAAGGAGGAGGAAUCCAUAUGAGUCAAGCUGCACCUCGGAAAGCUCCUGCAAUUGAGAACAAGUUGAGCUGCACUCUUGAGGAGAUAUAUAGAGGAACUACAAAGAAGAUGAAGAUCUCUAGAGAAAUUGCAGAUGUUAGUGGCAAAACCAUGCCAGUGGAAGAGAUAUUGACCAUAACCGUGAAGCCUGGUUGGAAGAAGGGGACAAAGAUCACCUUCCCGGAGAAGGGUAACGAACAGCCAAAUGUAACCGCUGCAGAUCUUAUUUUUGUCAUCGACGAAAGGCCACACAGCGUCUUCAGUCGUGAAGGGAACGAUUUGAUUGUGACUCAAAAGAUAUCUCUUGCGGAGGCCUUAACUGGUUACACAGUGCACCUCACUACAUUGGAUGGUAGAAACUUAAGCAUACCAAUCAACAAUGUUAUCCAUCCCAACUAUGAGGAGGUUGUUCCAAAAGAAGGAAUGCCACUCCCCAAGGAUCCAACAAAGAAAGGAAACUUGAGGAUUAAGUUUAACAUUAAGUUCCCUACUCGGCUCACCGAUGAACAGAAAGCAGGAGUUAGGAAACUCCUGGCUUCCUCGGCCUGAGAUUGAACAUAUAUUGGUUGACAAUAGUCUACAGUGCGUCGAAGAUAUCGCAGGGAGCCACUUACAUGAAAAUAUUUUACCAUGUUUCUAUGUAUUGGACUUGCUGAAAAAUUUAAAAAGUUUGAUUUAAUAAAUUGAUUAGUUUUCCUUUAACA